AUGGCUUCAACAAAUGAUAAUAUAGAUGGAGAGAAUUUUAAGUGGACCAACGAGUACGUGGUGCUCUUUUGUGAGAUUUUUAUCAAAUAUAUUCGAAAGCAUAGGUGUGGGUUAAUGAAAUGGAAAGAAAUUAAAGAACAGUUUGAAGCUAUCGCCAAACGGAAAAUUGUACAUAGAAGUUUAAAGAAAGAGUGGGAUGCUAUGAAAAAGGAAUGGAGAACUUGGAAGGAACUGAAACAUGAAGAAACUGGUUUAGGGUGGGAUCUUAAUACACAUAACAUUAGUGGCUCCGAUGGAUGGUGGGAGAAAAAAUUCAAGGAGAACUCAGUCUAUAAAAAAUUUCGUAAUAAAUCCAUAGAUCCUGCAAUGAACGAUUUAUGGUCUAGGAUAUUUCAAGAUUGCUAUGCAAAUGCUGUAGGGCCAUUUGGGUAUGGUAUAGCACAGGGAGUGAGGAGAAGCAGAUCAGGAUUGAUGUGUGGACUCCAAGGAGGUCAAAUUGGACUGAGGAGGAGCACAGCAGCAGCAGUUUUGCAGAGGCAGCAGUGA